AUGCCUUUCAAGCGACCUGCUCCUGAACCGCAUCCUCGCUCUGACUCUCAGUCACUGGAAUCUUCCUCGUCGGCUCUCCAGCCAUCGAAGCAUGCCCGUCUGGAGCCUUCAGAGAAGGCCAUACCAGAUGUCACGUUGUACAUUGUUCAGGCUAAGCUGGAUCCGUCCAGUCUAUCGGAGCUCUUCCGGCUCGCGGAGAGACAUGCACAACGCCUAUGUUCAAACGCGACCGAGGCUGACGUGAUAAUCACAACCAUUCGCAUGAGGAGGCGUUUGGAACGACACAUACCAUGGACUCUUGCUAAACAGAAGGCGAUAGUAACGCCUCAAUGGCUCCGGGACUGUGUCAAGCAAAACAAAGUUCUCCCAUGUGUCGAUUAUGCUGCAAUCCAGGAGCUACGGACUGAGACCGAGAAAAAUUGCCCAGAAUGCAAUCUUGCACCGUGUCUUUGCGGCGACUCAGAUUCAGAAGUAGAGACACCAUCCACUUCUCAUACCCCGACGUCGCCCCUUCCUCCCUCCGCAGACCAGCCAGCGUCGUCGAAGCACAGGACCACAAAGGCUGGGCUCGAGGAGACGCAAGAGUCAGACAUGCACGCCAAGAUUCCUGCUCGUCUCCUGCAUCCGGACCCAUCUAUCCCGACGCCUCUGGACAAGCUCAAUCAUGCGUCUCGAUACGCGUGCCAGCAGCUCGUACGGGAGCUCGAUAUCGUGCAUCGCUCUCCGUAUCCGCAUCGGAUCACCUCCGUCUCGCAGGUGCAGAAGCUUCCUUUCAUUGGCCAGAAGACUGGUACCAUGGUAGAGGAAUUCAUCGACACGGGAAAGAUCGAGGAAGCUCGUGUGUCUCUUCAGCCGCAUUGCGCUGGCUUCGCCUCACCUAUGCUUUAUCGCAGAAACUAUCCUCGCAUCGGACCGCUUCAAAGCCCUCAGCCUCUUACCUCCGUCUAUGGCAUCGGGCCCAACACCGCUCGCCGCCUCUACAGUCUCGGCCUGCGCUCUAUCAACGACCUCGAGAUCUACUAUGGCGUCGAGCGCGACGAGCCACAAGCUACUGGCCCGUCGGAGCUGCAAGAGGUCGAGAUGCAGAAGCGGCCUCAUUAUUGGCGCGGGCAGGACCAGGAUAAGGGCAAUCGCAAGCAUGGUCUGGGAGAUAGCUGGAUCCGGAUCGCGCUGGAACUGAGGGAGGACCUUGCCAUCAAGAUACCACGAGCUGAGGUGGAAGAGAUGGAGCGCAUCGUUAUGGCCGAGCUGGCCGAGCUAGAGCCAGGGUGCGUGAGCACGAUCGUCGGGGGCUAUCGGCGAGGGAAGCCGGAGAGCAAUGACGUCGAUAUCGUCUUCACGCACCCUGACGCAGGGGUUGUGAAGGGGCUUUGCAAGCGGUUUGUGCGUAGGCUCUACGAACGAGGUAUGGUCAGCCAUGUAAUGCACCUGUCUGGCUUCCACGGCCAUAAUCCUUUGCGAACCACCCAUUGGGAUUCGCUCGAGAAGGCGCUCACCGUCUUCACGUUACCAAACUCAUCGCCGUUACACAACGGUAUCCGGCGGCGUCUUGACUUGAUCUUCGCACCGCCCGAGGUGUAUUGGACUGCUGUUAUCGGUUGGUCAGGGUCAAUCAUGUUCCAGCGGGACCUCAGACAAUGGGCCAAAGACAAGCUUGCCAUGAAGUUCGACAGCUCGGGAAUCACAAGACGGUACGACUCAAAGAUGUUCUUCCCGAAGACAGAGAAGGAGGCCUUUGACCUCUUAGGACUCGAGUGGGUGGCGCCGGAAUGGCGGAACGCAGAUGCAUAG